AUGGAGCUCGCGCCGGGCGGCGACCAGGCCAAUUUCUUCAACAUCUGGGUCGAGUACGACGGAAUCAAGAAGGUCAUCGAGGUGUACAUCGCCCAACAAAAAGACAAACUCGGCACAACGCCGCUGAAGCCAGCCAAACCGGUGCUCGGAAAGGCGGAUCUCGAUCUCCGAUCGGUUGUGAACCAGUUCUCCUACUUCGGAUUCUCGGCGUCCACCGGCAACAACACGGAGCUCAACUGCGUGCUGAGAUGGAACCUGACGGUGGAACACUUUGAACCAUCCAACAAUGCCAUGAAGAUCGGGCUGGGUGUCGGCGUGCCGAUGGUGGCGCUACUGGCUGGGGCGGGGGCGGGGCUGGGCUAUUAUCUCCACAAGAGGCGGGCGGCGGCGCGGUCGAACUCGAGCAUUAUGGGGGCCCUGAAGAGCUUGCCCGGAAUGCCGAGAGAGUUCGGUUUCAAGGACCUGAAGAAAGCCACCGGCAACUUCGACGAGAGGAACAAGCUGGGGCAAGGCGGAUUUGGAGUGGUUUACAGAGGGUUUAUACAGAGCGAGAACCUGGAGGUGGCGGUGAAGUGCUUUUCCAGGGAGAGCAUAAAGGGCGAGGAUGAUUUCUUGGCUGAGCUCACCAUCAUCAACCGUCUCCGCCAUAAACAUCUGGUUCGAUUGCUCGGUUGGUGUCACAAGAACGGGAAGCUUCUGCUGGUGUACGAGUACAUGCCGAAUGGCAGCCUGGACAAGCACCUCUUCGGCGACGCUGAUGACAAGCCACUGAGCUGGAAUCUGCGCUACAAGAUCAUCUCUGGCGUGGCCUCCGCCCUGCACUACCUCCACAACGAGUACGACCAGAAGGUGGUGCACCGCGACCUCAAGGCCAGCAACAUCAUGCUCGACUCCAAUUUCAACGCCCGCCUGGGUGACUUUGGCCUCGCUCGAGCCCUUGACAACGAGAAGACUUCAUACGCCGAGGCUGAGGGGGUUCUCGGCACCAUGGGCUACAUUGCACCCGAGUGCUUCCACACCGGCAAGGCCACCCAGCAGUCCGAUGUCUAUGCCUUUGGGGCGGUGUUGCUGGAGGUCGUGUGUGGCCUAAGGCCCGGGACCAAGACCGGUGGCUUCCAGCUCCUGGUGGACUGGGUGUGGUGCCUCCACCGCGAAGGGCGGUUGCUGGAGGCUGUGGACGAGAGGCUCGGCCAGGACUAUGUGGCUGAGGAAGCUGAACGGGUUUUGCUUCUGGGUUUGGCUUGCUCCCACCCUAAAGCAAAUGAGAGGCCCAGAACUCAGGCCAUUGUUCAAAUCAUAUCAGGCUCGGUGGCAGCCCCCUCUGUGCAGCCAUUCAAGCCACCUUUCGUGUGGCCUUCAAUGCCGGUAGGGCUAGAAGACGACACUGAAACCGACGCCAGCCAGGCCACCAUCACCACAGACACAAGGUCCUUUGCAAUUGCAAGCUCGCAGUAUGGGUCAGGCUGGAGCCCACGGACCCUUAGCCGAGGGAGCUAUACACCAUUCAACAACGACAAAUUCAAUUUCACUCCAUAUAAUAGUGACAAUUACAACAAGGUCUAG